GCAGCGAUCGUUUGCUACAAUUUCUUAUGACCGCCAUUUUACAUUACCGAGGUGGGGAUACGGUAACUGGCGUUCUUAUUGUAAGUUUACGAAAGUGGAGUUUUAUUUCAAUACAUUUUUAAUAAAUCAGUGUAAAAUAUAGACAUAAACGUAAAUUGAAGUUACAAAAGCGGUCCUUAAAAAGUGAUAGUGUUUUGUGAUUUUGGAGUGAAGAAAGCUCGCUGUACUGGGAAUCUAACAGCGUGGCUCCAUUGGCUUCUCUUUGUUUCUGUACUCUCUGUCAAGGAAAGUGUAAGACUCUUCGCGUGCGACAAUGAAGCGCACCUUGAACCGCGAAAGGUAACCUGAGGGUCGUCGUCGCGGAAGAAGUGGUCGAAAAAGAAUAAGAACCGAAUCGAAAUAAUAAGGGGACCGUCGAUCGGUAAAGAGCGAUUGCGCGCGCUUUUUUUUUUGUGCGUGCGUGCGUGCGUGUUUGUGUGUGCGAGUUGGUGAUAGUGCGCGCGCGAUAGUGCCUAUUUUAAUUGUAUGUGUGGCUAGUUGCAUCCAAUGGACAAAAGAAAAAUGAUGCCCAAAAGGCCUAGGUUUGAGCCACGCGGUCCCAUCUCCAACGGACCCAUGCAGACCCGACCUCUUGUAGCCUUAUUGGACGGUCGCGAUUGUUCUAUAGAAAUGCCAAUAUUGAAAGACGUCGCCACGGUGGCGUUUUGCGAUGCGCAGAGCACCAGCGAAAUACACGAAAAAGUGCUUAACGAAGCGGUGGGCGCCCUCAUGUGGCAUACCAUCAUUUUGACUAAGGAGGACUUGGAAAAAUUCAAAACUUUACGUAUUAUAGUGCGCAUAGGUAGCGGUGUAGAUAAUAUUGACGUAAAGGCCGCAGGUGAACUUGGUAUAGCUGUGUGCAAUGUGCCCGGAUAUGGUGUAGAGGAAGUCGCCGAUACUACCAUGUGUCUCAUAUUGAACCUGUACAGGCGAACUUAUUGGUUGGCGAACAUGGUUAGAGAAGGAAAAAAAUUCACAGGACCCGAACAGGUUCGAGAAGCUGCCACCGGAUGUGCUCGGAUACGAGGCGAUACGCUCGGUAUCGUAGGAUUAGGAAGAAUCGGAUCGGCAGUGGCAUUAAGGGCGAAAGUAUUCGGUUUCAACGUUAUAUUUUACGAUCCCUAUUUGCCGGACGGUAUCGAGAAAAGUCUCGGUUUGACGCGAGUUUAUACUCUACAAGAUCUUCUUUUCCAAUCCGAUUGUGUGUCGCUCCAUUGUACGCUCAACGAACACAACCAUCACCUCAUCAAUGAAUUCACCAUCAAACAGAUGAGGCCAGGGGCGUUUUUAGUAAACACGGCUCGAGGCGGUCUAGUCGACGACGACGCCCUGGCGCAAGCCCUUAAACAAGGUAGAAUCAGAGCCGCCGCUCUGGACGUACACGAAAACGAACCGUACAACGUAUAUACGGGGCCUUUGAAAGAAUGUCCGAAUUUAUUAUGUACCCCGCACGCGGCGUUCUACAGCGACGCAUCGGCUACCGAAUUGAGAGAAAUGGCAGCAUCCGAAAUACGAAGGGCGAUCAUGGGUAGGAUACCCGAAUGCCUCAGGAAUUGCGUUAACAAGGAAUAUUUCAUGGGACCCGGAGCAUAUCCUGAAGUUUCUCCGGCUGGUGUCAACGGUGGUUACUACCAAGGCGCGACUCUACCAGUUCAACAAGCGCAUUCGACAACGCCCCACGAAGCACCUCAUACCGUAGCACCGAGUGCAGCAGCGCCGCCCGCGCCGCAACAACCGGCGCCGCCAGUGGGACCAGUUCCUGUACCGCCCCAUGCGAUUCCGAUGAGUACACCUGAUCCAGCAAAUCACCACGCACCCAAACCCGAACCUUCGGAAGUCCACUAACGUUUAUAUCAAUGACCCAGAUAAGAGUUUCUCGAAGGGCAAAGUACCGCUAAGGAAUGUGUGGAGUGCAUGUUGAAAAAUAAUCACAAUAUUAUUUUAUUUUAUUAUUUUUUGAAAAUAUCUACGUUUCCUGUUUGUGUUUUUUUUUUGUUCGACUCUGUAAAGUAUAUAUAAUAUAUACAUAUCGCAAACACACGUACACACACACACACAUACACUGAGAAAAAAAAACAUCACAUGCCUUAUAAAUAUAAAUAAACAAUAAUAUGUACCGUUCGUGCUCUAGACUCAUUCUGAAAUACCACCCCCACCCCUAACGUUGGUUCUUUUUCUUGUUUUAAUUUUAGUUGAUGUGAUUUUUUUUUUUUAAUUGUAAUUCGAUAAUUUUUUAACGAUAAAAAAAAUUGGUUUUUAUGUACAUAAAACGUGAUUUUAUUAGUGGAAAUUGUGAUUUGAAUGGAAAGGUUUUCAGAUGAGUCUGCCACAUACAGGGUGAGUCGACUUUGGAAAAUAUCUUCUGGCAUUUUUUUUUUCAUUCGUUUAUCUACUAUAAACGCGCGUUAGCAAAAAUUGCGCAGCUACGAAAAUAUUGAAUUCGAUGCAGAUAAAAUAUUUUGCGCAAAUAUCAAAAAAAUUAUCGCUGUUAUGAUAAAUUUUAAACGUAAUCAAAAUCGCGGCUGCCCUUUUGCGCUAAAAAUAUCGCGCGCGCAUCAAAAAACGACAAAAUAUUUGGAUUGUUGGAAUCAUUUUUGAAUUUGCGAAAUAUUAAUAAGCGCUAUAAUAAAAUGAUGCGCAAAUUUGAAUUUGAACAAUUAUGCGCUGGGAAGUAUUGCAGCAAAAGAAAUGAACGGGAAAAUGUGGAAAUCAAAAAAAGUUUAAAUUAUAGUACCCGCGAUGAAACUGCGCUAAAUAUCGGGAGCGCAACGAAAUAUCAGAAGUGUAAAUUAUCGCCAAUAGUGCGUUAAAGAAAAAUAUUGCGCAAAAUAAAUUCAUAUAUAUAUAUAUAUAUAUUGUAAUAGCAAAAAAGGUCGUAAAAACUAUAAACUUCCUAAUUAUGCGCAAUAUUGAAAAUUUUACCCUCAGGAAAAAAUGAUGCGCAAUAUAAAAAAUUUGAUCGUUCAACAAAAAUUGCGCAAAAAACUAUGCGCAAUAUUAAAAAAUUGACUUGUCUACAGAAAAAUGAUGCGCAAUAUUAAUAAAUUUGAUUGUUAAACGAAGAAUUGAUGCGCAAUAUAAAAAAUUUGAUCCUUUAACAGAAAAAUGAUGCGCAAUAUUAAUGAAUUUGAUGGUUCAACAAAAAUUGAUGCGCAAUGUUGAAAUUUGCCCGUUUACAAAAAACUAUGCGCAAUAUUAAAAAAUUGACUUGUCUUUAGAAAAAUGAUGCGCAAUAUUAAUAAAUUUGAUUGUUCAACAAAGAAUUGAUGCGCAAUAUAAAAAAUUUGAUCCUUUAAUAGAAAAAUGAUGCGCAAUAUUAAUAAAUUUGAUUGUUAAACGAAGAAUUGAUGCGCAAUAUAAAAAAUUUGAUCCUUUAACAGAAAAAUGAUGCGCAAUAUUAAUGAAUUUGAUGGUUCAACAAAAAUUGAUGCGCAAUGUUGAAAUUUGCCCGUUUACAAAAAACUAUGCGCAAUAUUAAAAAAUUGACUUGUCUUUAGAAAAAUGAUGCGCAAUAUUAAUAAAUUUGAUUGUUCAACAAAGAAUUGAUGCGCAAUAUAAAAAAUUUGAUCCUUUAAUAGAAAAAUGAUGCGCAAUAUUAAUAAAUUUAAUGGUUCAACAAAAAUUGAUGCGCAAGAUUGAAAUUUUCCCGUUUACAAAAAAACUAUGCGCAAUAUUAAAAAAUUGACUUAUCUUUAGAAAAAUGAUGCGCAAUAUUAAUAAAUUUGAUUGUUCAACAAAGAAUUGAUGCGCAAUAUAAAAAAUUUUAUCCUUUAACAGAAAAAUGAUGCGUAAUAUUAAUAAAUGUGUCCAUUUAACAGAAAAUUGAUGCGCAAGAUUGAAAAUGUGACGCGAUUAAAUAGAAAAAAUGAAGCGCAAAAUCUGUCCUAAAUAAAUAAACUUGGCGCGCAAUAAAAACUAUUUUUAAUGGUUAUUUGAACAAAUGCGCAAUUUAACCAGUCGAAAAUGAAAAAUUUCCGUUCCUGUGCACUAUUAGCCGUCAAGUUACUAAUUUUUCAAAAAAAAAAUAUCUAAUUUCCAUUAAAUUUAAUUAUUAUUACGCAAAAAAAUUUUCAUAGUUGCGCGGAAUUGCGCAUAAUACAAAAUAAAUAUCGAUGUUUGUAUUUUGCGCUAAAUUAUAACGUAGCGAUUAUUCCAUUGCGCAAUAAUAACAAAUUUGUUUUUUUUUAUAAAUUGCUUUUGAAGAAGACGUUUUCCAAACAAUCCUAUCGACUGCGCCAAUUAUAAUAAUAAAUUUUCUAAUCUGUUGAUGUUCAUUUAAACAUUGUAUAUUUCUAGACGUUUUUUAAUGCAAAGAAAACUGUUUUCUGUGUUUAUCAAUUUUUCGCUUCACAUAGUAGGAAAACUUUUUUUUUUCUAUUUAAAUAACAGAAUGGGUCGACGUUCUUUUAUAAAAAAAAUGUUUUUAAUCUAAUCAAACAUUUAAAUAGAUUUUCGUUACGUUAUUUUAGACCGAUUCGUUUCAAUAUUUACAGGGUGUGUCCUAAAACGCAUCAGCAUUAAUUUUCCUUUUAAUUUUUUUUUUUUUUAUUUUCUUCCGUUCUUUCUUAUUACUAAGUGCAUUAUUAUGUUCAGAGGAAAGCUAAACUGCGGUAUUUUUUACAAGAAUAGUUAUAUAUUUUUAAGUUUUAGUUGUCGUCUGAAGAAAAAAAUAAAUUAGGGCAUCGGCCAUUGGCGGAAAACAAAAAUCGCAAAAAACAAAUAUUUCCAAUGGAAUUUUCAUUCUUUAAUUUUAGUUAAUAGAAGAUCGUCAAUUCGAACUUAUCAAUUUUUCCAAUAUAUCCGGUUUGGAAUCGUUAAUUUGGCGUUUUCGUGAUCGAAAAAUCCGUUUAUCGAAUCGAAAAUUAGUAUUUCCAGUUCGAUAAUUCGAACCUUAAUCAUUGUUACUAAUUUCCGAUAUCCUGAAUAUCGAUAAAUGGAUUCUGAAUGAUCGAAAACGCUAAAUUAAUAACACCGGCAAAUACAAAAAUAGAGUUUUUUCUUUCUCACUUUGUAUCUUCAUUCAUUGAAUUAUUUUGUGAAUUUAUGGAGACCUAACCCCUUAUUCAUUCAAAAUUUUCCAACCCCUUGAUUUAAAAUACCAUUAGGAACGCAUUUAGAUCAAUGAUUAAUUUAAAUUGCAAUCCUGUCUUAAAAAUAAAACGCUAAGCAUAAGAUUUGAUAACUCAAUUUUUUUCUAUCACAUUAAAAUGGAAUUUUUCCAACGUAGAAGGUUUUAACCUAUAAAUAACCCAAUGAAAGGGAAUCAAAAGGUGUUAUAUUUUCAUUCAACUCAUAUUUUCGAUAUUGGAACAUUAAUAUUGCACCAUCUUCAUCAAUUUCUUGUUUUAAUGAUAUUUUGUAGACCUUCCUAUAUAUAUCUAGAGAGUCAUUUUUGAUAUUUAUUACACAGGUAUCGAUAGUGUCUUCUAAUUCCAAAAUUGAUAUCGAAUCGUUUUGUGAGGUUCGUUAUGGUCUUCGAAUGACCCCACAAAAAGUGACCCAGUGUUGUUGAAACGGUAAAUAUUGAAUUAGUGCCUCUUCGUUCGAUACAUUUACUUGAGACAGUGUCUCACAGCUCUUCCAGGAGCCAUUAUUUUGGAAAAGUGACCAUCUGUCAAAACUGUAUUACUGAUACUGAUUAUAGGGAUAGUAAUUUUUGAUAUCUAUUAUACAGGUAUCGAUAGUGUCUUCUAAUUCAUUCGGAAAAUUAAUAUUAAAUCAUUUCGUAAGGAAAAAAAUCCAGAAUUGUCUUAGUUCCUUUAGAAAAUAGGUUUUGGUCUUUAAACAACCCAAAUGGUGUUAUUAAUUUUUUAUAGUGUGUGAUUGAAAAAAAAUUGACAUACAAGCAUUUUAUUUUUAAGAUUUAAAAAAAAAACAAAUGUAAAUAUGGUAUUUUUGAAUAUUUCAUCUAAAUACCUUCCUUAUUGUUGUACGCCAUACCAAUUAUUUCAAAUUAAGGGUUUUGAUACUGACAAAUAACACGAAAUAGAAUAGAGCCUUGAUGAUCUGAUCAACCAUUUUCCAGAUAUAUAUUCAAAUCGCAAAAUACUUGCUCAUAAAUUCAUAUAUUUCCGUUUGGCGGGUUAUAUUUAUUGAUCAAGAAAAGGCUUCUUGUCGCAAGUUUAGUACUGAUAUAAUUUGUUAAGAAAAUAGUUUCUUCUGUAUAUCAAUGGUAGAGUAGAAGAUUAAGCGGAAGAUCGUUUACCACGUCGAAACCAUCAAUUUUUUUAUGUUGCCUUGUUUAAGCCAUAGAGAUAUCCAAGAUUAUGAUGAGACGUGAUCCCAACAUCGCUUUUGCAACUGUGACUCAUUUUGUUAAACUUUCAUCAUUUUCUUGUUAUCCAAAAACUUAUCUUGACAUUUUCAAUUACAUCUUGAUCCAAUUUGGUACAGGGAAAUUGUCUUCUUCUGUAACCAAAUUUUCAACAACCGGGUGAAAUAUCUAAGGUCACAAUAUUUUUUGUGGUAGACCUAAUUUUACUUCUGGAACGAAAUGUCCUUCGAAUUACUUUCGGAAAAUAUCUCUAGGUACCCUUUACAUAGAAAGAUUUUGGCUUUUUGGCCUUUACCACAUCUAAUAACUGUAAUCUAUGUGCCGUAUGUAAUUCAUUUAUCUUUAUCUUUGAAACUGUCCACUGUUCGGUUAUUGUUAGACGUAGGAACAAUUUUUAUAGUAACUUCAAAAGUCGCAUAUUCGGUUAGAGACAGAAGGGGGAGUAGUCGACGGAUUAACGGAUUAUCGAGGCUCUAUUGUAUCUAGUUCACACUGUAUAUAAAGAAGACUGAUACACGUUGAUGAUCUUUUAGUAAAAUUUGGAUUUGCGGUUCCGUCAAGCCGACCCUGUAUAUUUGUACAAUAUCUUUUUAUCUGCAAUGUUGUAUGAAUGAGUAAUAGCCCAAGAUUUUGCGUUUUUUUUUAGAAAAAGAAGAAGAUGAAAAAUUAUAUAGUAUAAAUUAUAUGAGAAUUAAAAGUAUGUAUAAGUUGAUAUCGAGGACAUUGUUGACGAUGUUAAUAAAAUUAAAAACACCAGUGAAAGGAUCGAAAAGUGAAUUUGAAGAAACGUUUUUUUUUUGUUUUUUGGAGGUUAAAUGUGCGGGUUCGAAUAAAUUUCAUAUUUGUAGGAUAUUUAGUGAUAUUUGUGACUAAUUUGAGUAAAAUGAAUACAUACGAUACAAAAAAAAACCGCUUUUAUUUAUUGCGUAUUUUUGUUAUUAUUUUCAAAUGUUCAUAUUUUACAUUCCGCUUGUUGGUUUCAAUUAAAAAGGCAGCUCGUGUAAGUAGCUCAAGAGUAAGAUCCAUCCUGUAUAUUAGACGCAAUGGAAAUUUCGCGGUGGAACCGUUUGCUCAGCAUAUAUAUUUUUAUAUAAAAAACAAAACAAAAGGAAAAUUUAAUUAAAAGCCAAAAACGUUUUCGCGAAGUAGUUAAACGGUUCGCCGGUUGCUGAAUUUGGAUUUUUGGUAACGAAAGUACGCAAUGACGUUUUUAUGAUAUGAACACAAUAGUUACAGCAUGUGAAAUGGAAUAAAAAAAAUUGUAGGGCUAUUGGACUUCCACAAAAUUUUCAAAUAAAUAUCUUAAAAUUUA